AUCUAAUUUGGUACCAGGAAACAAUCUGGAAUCAAUGGUUCAUCAGCUGAUGGAUAUGGGUGGUGGUAACUGGGACAAGGAUACGGUUCAGCGAGCACUUCGUGCUGCUUACAAUAAUCCAGAGCGUGCUGUGGAAUACUUAUAUUCUGGAAUCCCUACAUUAGGAGAAGUUGCUCAGGCUGAAGGGCCAAACACAACUGGGACAGCUGCUGAAGGCGAUACUCUGUCUGUAUUGCCAAAUUCUGCACCUCUAGAUAUGUUUCCACAGGGAGCUCCCAGUGUGGGUGGAGGUGCUAGUGGUGGGUCUCUUGAUUUCCUUAGAAAUAAUUAACAGGUA